AUGUCUUCUGAAGAAUAUCCAAUUAUAAGAAGUGGUGGUUCUCUUCUUCUGGCUUGGCGUUCAAAAAACAAAAAUGUACUUAUUGUUGGUGGUGGUGAAGUCGCAACAAGUCGAGUUAUAAAAUCUUUAGAAGCAGACGCACUUAUAACAUUAGUAUGCCCAGAAAAAGGUCUUAAGGAUGAAUUAAAAUAUCGUAUUCAACAAAAACAAAUUUAUAAAUGGAUAAACAGAGAAUUUGAAACUUCUGACUUAGAAGGAAUUGAUAUGGUUUUAGUAGCCAUUGAUGAUCCGAUUAGGUCAAAAGAAAUUUGCGUAAUGUGUCGAGAAAGGAAAAUUCCAGUAAAUGUAGCUGAUGUACCGUUGAUGUGUGAUUUUUAUUUUAUGGCAGAACAUCGUAAUGGACCACUUCAAAUAGCAGUAUCAACGAAUGGGAAAGGUCCAAAAUUAGCAACUAUAAUUCGUGACCGUAUAGCAGAGAAUUUACCAAAAGGAAUUGCGGGUGCAAUUAAGGGUGUUGGACUUUUAAGACAAAAAGUUAGAGAGAUUGAUCCAAGUCAUACUUCAUCUAAAAAAAGAAUGAAUUGGAUGUCAAGAAUUU